UUUAAUGGUUAUGUUAUUACUAUUAAUUAUACAAUCAACGAUUGACGCUUUUGCUUCAUACGAAUCUGUGGUAAUUUUGGCUGAUGUCUCCUUCUAGAAAGCCCUCUCUCCAGAGAAGUGAACAUUUUACCAUUGUGAUUCACUCACAACUCUCGGGAUUUCAGAUUUAGCAGAUUGGGAGAGCGAAAUCCUGUAAACCGGGAAUUCCGAGCCAUGAAAAUUUUCAUAUCUAAUUUACAUAGCAUCUCAUCUCUUUUAGCCAUAACUUGAGGCUCUGCAGGAGGAGCUAGGUACAUGCUGCUUCUCUCAGAAUUAGGACUCUGACACUUCCUGACAACACCCGAGUUGUUUAUAAGACGUUUGCCAUGUCCUCGUUUCAGAUUUUUCAUAAUAAGUUUUACCUUGCCAAGUUUGGCUGCAAACCUUGACUUGGGGGAUACCAUCCUGGGCUCAAAGGCAGUAGUGUUCUUAUUACACAUCUUAAUAGCUGCAGAGGAAAGCUGGACCUUCCUUGGCUGACGAGAGGGUGCAGGGGAUUUAAUGUUCCUGAUCCUCAAGCUCAUUUUCUUUUCUCUUUGUGUGCUUUGAUUCAUAUAAUAAAAUAUUACAAUUCAA